GCGGGAGGCGGGAGGCCUAAGCAGGCUGGGGAUGCUGGAUCUCGGGCUGGGCGGAGUCUGCAAGGGUGGACCUGAAGCUCCUUCGCAGGCCCGAGAGCUGCACCUCGCGACUUCCGGCAUGACAGCUGGUGGCCUAUGGGCUGCUCCAACCCCCUGGCGAGAUCCCUGUGUCCAAUUUUCUGUACGUGCCCCUCAACCUGGGGCCACUUUGCAGAAUCCCCACAUUUAAUCGAUCCCCCUGAGGGCUCCCCAUCUCCAAUGAGCCACAGAAACGACGAAGCAUUCUCCCCUUCUACCUUUCUCUGGGCUUCUUACUCCUAUCUGCUUCCCCGAAUUCAGCCACGUGCCACCAUCUCUCAGGAUGCGCAGCACCUCCUAGUUAAAGUCCCCUUAUUACCAGUCUUCCGACCCCCGUGUCCUCCUAGCUUCAGUGUUCUCUGCCUGUCCCCGACUUCACGUCGCCCACUCUGCCCUGUGUCCCCCAGCCCGUGAUCAUCAUUUCCUCCGAAGAUCCUUCAACUCCUUCUGCCUUAGCUUUGUAUCUUCAUGCCCUGCAUCCCCUCCUAGAUGUCACUCUGGAAAAUAUACCUGCAUCCCCCACCUCUUCUGGGCUCUUUUCCAGCCCAGUCCUCUCCCCCAUCCUCUGUAAGGGUGAGGCUGAAAGUGCCAGCGGACUUUGAAGAAGCCAAGCUGAGAUUACUCCGUUAAACACGUCCCCGGCCCGUCCUCCCAGCCACAAGGGGCGCUGUCCGCCUUCCUCUCGCCUGCACAGAUAGGGCCCCGCUCUCGAAUUUGGGGUGGGAGGAAGGGGCGGGGUCUAGGCUCCAGGGUCCUAAGUGGGGUGCGUCCAAAGGCUGAUUCAGUGCAGUGGGGUGUAGAGACAGCAAUCUGAGCCGGCCACUUAGAAUAGUGCAGGGGCGGGGGGCGAGGAAGGGAGGCGAUCACCCAGUUAGUGCCCGCGUGGGACCACGUGACUGGGGAAGCCCCGCCUCCUCCGAGCUGGUUUUCGAAUCCCAACUCCGGAGCUGGUGGUGUCCCAGUUCCGCCGGCGUGAGGCGCCCGAGGGCCGGCCCCAGGGCUCAUGGCGGCGCCGGUCCGCCUGGGCCGGAAGCGGCCUCUGCCCGUUUGCCCUAACCCGCUCUUCGUACGCUGGCUGACCGAGUGGAGGGACGAGGCAGCCAGCAGGGGGCGCCGCACACGCUUCGUGUUUCAGAAGGCGCUGCGCUCCCUCCGGCGGUACCCGCUGCCCCUGCGCAGCGGAAAGGAAGCCAAGAUCCUCCAGCACUUCGGAGACGGGCUCUGUCGGAUGUUGGACGAGCGGCUGCAGCAGCACCGAGCCUCGGGCGGUGACCAUGCCCCGGUCUCACCACCUGGAGAGAAGAGUUCAGCCCCGGAAGGGCCACCUGCGGAAACUCGGGAUCCUUCCCUGCCGGUUCCAGCCCAGCCCAGAUCGAAAGGCUCUGGCAGCUACUGGCCAGCCCGGCACUCAGGAGCCCGCACUGUGCUGUUGCUGCUCUACCAGGAGCGCCUGAAUCCUAGUGGCUGCUGUUUCCUAACCAAGGAGGAGCUGCUGCAGAGAUGUGCCCAGAAGGCUCCCAGGGUGAGCACUAAGGUGGUCUCUGGCAAUGUUCGACCUUGGCCAGCUCUCCGAUCCCUCCUCCACCGGAACCUUGUCCUCAGAACACACCAGCCAGCCAGGUAUUCGUUGACCCCGGAGGGGCUGGAAUUGGCCCAGAAGCUGGCCGAGUCGGAGGGCCUGAGCUUAGUGAAUGUGGGCACAGGGCCAGAGGAGCCUGCUGGGGAGGAGCCACAAGUGCCGGGAGCAGGCUUGUCCAAGCUGGAUCCCAGUGAAGUGACUGCCCAAAAGCCACUGCUGGAGCUGGGGCCUGGCGAGUACAGGGUGCUGUUGUGUGUGGAUGUCAGCGAGACCACAGGAGCUGGGCACAGGCCAGAGCUGCUCCGUGAGCUGCAGCGGCUGCAUGUGAGCCACACAGUCCGAAAGCUACACGUUGGGGACUUUGUGUGGGUGGCACAGGAGACCAGGCCCAGAGACCCAGUGAGGCCUGUUGAGCUCGUGCUGGACCACAUCGUGGAGCGCAAGCGGCUGGAUGACCUGUGCAGCAGCAUCAUUGACGGCCGCUUCCGGGAGCAGAAGUUUCGGCUGAAGCGCUGCGGCCUGGGGCGCCGGGUAUACUUGGUGGAGGAGCAUGGCUCCACCCACAACCUGAGCCUUCCCGAGAGCACCCUGCUGCAGGCUGUCACCAACACUCAGAUUAUCGAUGGGUUCUUUGUGAAGCGCACAGCAGACAUUAAGGAGUCAGCUGCCUACCUGGCUCUCUUGACACGGGGCCUGCAGAGACUCUAUCAGGGCCACACUCUAUGCAGCCGCCCAUGGGGGACCCCAGGGGACCCUGAACCAGGGGCCAGGCCCUCCCCAAAUCCUCUGUGCUCACUCCUAACCUUCAGUGACUUCAACGCAGGAGCCAUUAAGAACAAGGCACAGUCCAUCCGUGAGGUGUUUGCCCGUCAGCUGAUGCAGGUACGCGGAGUGAGUGGGGAGAAGGCGGCAGCCCUGGUCAAUCGGUACAGCACCCCUGCCAGACCCCUUCCUGCUUUCUCGUCCAUGGUGCUGGCCUGGAGCUGGGUUCCGAGUGGGCCAGCAGCCAGCCAUGGUCAAGCCUCAGAAACUGCAACAUCCCACCCCACCCCCAGCCUCCUGGCUGCCUAUGAUGCCUGUGCCACUCCCAAGGAGCAGGAGAUGCUGCUGAGUACCAUUAAAUGUGGGCAUCUGCAGAGGAAUCUGGGGCCUGUUCUGAGCAGGACCUUGUCCCAGCUCUACUGUAACUGUGGUCCCCUGACCUGAGCCGUGCUGUGAGAUGGGCCUCUGCCUUCCCCCACUCGGCUGCUAGCCAGCCUUUUAACCAAAAUCUUUUGGGCUACAAUAAAAAUCAUAAACGUU